AUGUUGUACAAAUCAAUUGCUAACUUGUUCUCCUCAUCCUCAUCCGUCUCUGCCUCAACCUUCUCCAGCCAAUCUGGUGUUGGAAUGAACCAAACAGCCAACCAUGCAACUAACCUUGUCAGUACAACCGUCAAGGACACUAAUGUUGCCAACGGAUUGGUCACCGCUGAUACCAUUAGAGUUAAUGCCUAA